CACACAUGUCAGUUCAGCAAGACUCCUCUUUGUGUAAAAGUAACUAGUCUUCUUUUAGUGUUACAUAUGCAGUAUUUUAUUUUAAUUAGUUUGUUGUGUUUAAUAAUUAAAUAUACAAAUACAUUAUUCUGGUAUAAACGAGUGAAUCGGCAUACGGAUGCGUCAUACGAACAUCUUGAUUAUGGAUAUUGUGAAUGCGGAAAGAAAAAUAUAUUUUUACCGUUAUCCAGAAUACUUGGAGGACGAGAAGUUUUUGAAAAUGAAUAUCCUUGGAUGGCUGGUAUUAUAAGCGUCAAUAGAUCACGAGUAAUUUGUGGAGCUUCAAUUAUAAAUGAUCAUUACGUGAUAACAGCAGCUCAUUGCAUUGUUUAUGGUUUUAAUAAAGAUGAUCUGAAAGUAUCUGUCGGUGCUCAUGAUUCAUGCAAGUGGGAUGCGAAAAGUACAAUUUUUUCUGUCGAGAACAUUUUUCCACAUCCAAAAUAUGACAGCCAAACAAAUUUUGCCGAUAUUAUGCUGAUUAAACUAAGUAUGCGAAUUACCUUUAACAAAUUCGUUAAACCAAUUUGCUUACCAAAACCUGGACUUGAUGUCUAUCAAUUUAAAGAACAAUCCGUAUCUGCACUUGGCUGGGGAUUUUCUGAAACCGAUUCUUUAUUUAAUAAAGGAUGUGGUUUGCGAACAGUGGAUUUAACAUUAUUUAAAAAAUCGGAAUGUCCUACUGAUAUCUCAACUUUAAUUUGCGCAGGAUAUAAAGCAUCACCACGCGGUACUUGCGGGGGUGAUAGCGGUGGUCCUCUCCAAAUAUUGAACGACAAUUAUAAAUACAGCUUAAUAGGAAUUACUUCAAAUGGAAUACUGUGCGCCGACGUUAAUUAUCCAGAUUUCUUUACGGAUGUUACGCGAAUGGUUCCAUGGAUAUUGCAAAUGACAAAACACGAUUCUAAAUACUGCGGCACGCGCGUGGAAACGUCAGCUACGUCUACGAGUAAAUCAGAAUUGUGGGUUCAAUCUACCGAUCUCUCAAUCGGCGUAGGGAUGCACGAUAUUGAAAAUCGAAACGAGGGAUAUAUAGCUGAAAUCGAUAAAGUAGUCUUACACGAAGAUUUUGAAAGUGACGAUCUCCACGAUACAAAUGAUAUUGCCCUGAUACGGUUAGAACAUCCAGUUAAAAUAAAUGAAAAUGUGACACCUGCAUGUCUCCCGAGUAAAAAAUCCGAUUACACGGGACACCAUGUUAAAGUGGCUGGAUGGGGACGUGUCAAAAAAGAAGGAGCUACAUCCAGAUAUCUGCGUGAAGCUACCUUAAAAGUGAUGUCCUGGGCCACAUGUAGCAAUACUUCAUUUGGAGAUCACCUCACGGAAUCAAUGAUGUGUGCUUACAAUGACGAUACUGAUGCGUGUCAGGGUGAUAGCGGUGGACCUCUUCUAUACGAAAGAACAAACGGAAAAUAUGAAGUAAUUGGGAUAGUCUCUUGGGGUAUUGGAUGCGCGGAUCCCGGGAUACCUGGUGUAUAUGUGAAGAACACGGAUUAUCUGAACUGGAUAAAAUAUCACUCCAACGACGGUAUUUACUGCAAGGAUAGAUAGGCUUCGUGCAACGAAUAUUAAU